AUGUUUCGCGCCGGUCUUCUCCUCAGCCUUGCCACCGUUGUACUGGGACUGUCGGCAGGCGAUCUCAAGGUUUCCGUUAAGGCUGUUUCGCAGUCAGUCAAAUCCGUGGAAGACAUUGUCAUCACAGCAGUAGUGAGCAACCCGACCAAGAAGGACAUCCGCGUCAUCGCGAAGAACAACAUUCUGGAUGGCUCUGCGACGCGUUCAUUUGCCGUUAGCAAAGCAGACAACUCAGUGUUGUUCACUGGUGUGAGGACCACUCUCGAUCUAACAGCUGAAGGGAUCUACACCACUAUCCCAGCCGGCUCAUCCAUCGCGGUCAAUCAUACUGACCUCGGGGCUCUCUACGAUUUUGAGCAUUUUGGAACAGGCUCAUUCCACUUCGCCCCCAAUACUUUCUUCCAAACUGGCCCCGAUGCGACCCCGAUUCAUGUCAAGACUGAUGUCAUUGCUGUCGAAGUUACGCAUGAUGUUGCCAAACGAGAGCUUUUCCCGCUGCAAGCCCGCACUUCCACUCCAGUUUGCGGAGAUGGCGGGAAACUGCAGGUCUUAACACAGGCUUUAGCAUCCGCCCGUUCCCUUGCCGGUGGUGCUGCCACCGACCUCCAAACCCAUCCGAACUCUGCAGAAUUCAACACCUACUUUGGUGGCAAUGAUCCGAAUGAGAUUUGGUACGACAUGGAUCGUAUUGCGGGUGACCUGUCCGACCGUUCAGGCGACCGAAGUAUCAACUGUAACAACGACCCUGCUGGAUUGUGUGGAGGUAAUGGCGGCGUCAUUGCCUACACUAUUGUUGUGACCAGUGGCGGUCAGAUUGUCGGAAGCAAUAUAUACACCUGUGACAUUCUGUACACUGAUGUCCAGUCCAACCCCAGCAGCAUCUGCACCAAUGGCUUCGAUUCCACCACAUCCAGCACAGGCGGUGUCAUUCUUCAUGAGCUCUCGCAUGCAACUUCGGGCUCUGCUGACAUCAUUUAUGGCUGCAGUAACACAGCCCAGCUCUCUCCAGCGGACAAGAAGAACAACGCAGACAACUUCAGAUGCAUGGGCCUGGCAAUCUACAAACACUACGAUUGCUAA